CAGAGGUCUAACUUUCUUUUCGGUAACCCAACCAAGUCCAGUGAUUAUUAAAGUUACCAAGAAUGGUGUUCUCGGGGAGGACGCGUGGUCGCGGAUUUGCUGCAAAGGGCGGGGGCAUCCAUGCAACGACUAGAAAAUCGUCAUCAAGUUUCGACCGAUCACGCUAUCGAGAUCACGAGCAUUCAAUGUCGCCACCGCGCAAAAGACCGACUUCUGUAGAAGACCGUCUUGGGGCCAAGUAUCCUGAUGAAAGUCCAGCCCCCCAGGCAGAGUCUCUGAGGAUCACCGUCGGGAAUGACAUUUACAAAAAAGGGUCAGCAGUGGGGAGUCCUCUCUCUGACAGACUGGGUCCCCCAGUCCAGCAGUAUCAAAACCCAGACAGUAUAUAUGAUCAGGAAAAAAUGUAUUAUGGGGGAGGAGGAGGAGGGGGAAGUGAAGAGAAAAGGGAGGACAAAUAUAGAAGGGACUCUCCCUCCAGGAGGUACCCAUCCGAUUCGCGGGGGAGGAGAGAUGAUAGGGAUAGGGACAGACGGAGAGACAGUAGCCGGGAGAGGAGGGAUAGGAGGGGGAGCGGUCGAGAUCAUCAUGAGGGGGGUCAUGAUCGGAGAGACUACAGGAGGGACAACCGGGAUUACCGAGACAGGAGGGAGGACAGUCGCGAGCGACAUCACAGCAGUGGAUACUCCGGACAGUACGACAGGAGGGACGAACCUCACGACAGAGACUACCGCGAUCAGUAUAAAGGUGACCUCGAUAAAAAGUACGAGGAGAGAUUCAGUAUGGAGAGGCUGGAUCCUCAGUAUGAAAAUAGAGUGAGACGCGAGGGUGACAUUUAUGACAAUUUGUCUCAUGAUAGGGAUGUGCAGGGACAUAAUUCUUCAGGGGGGUUUUAUGGGAGGGGAAGCUUUGAGUCCCUGACACAGCCAGGAAUUAGGAGCCCUCCAAAGUCUGAGCCAACACCGCCCACAGCAAAACCACUGAAGUCUAUACUUAAAAAGAAAACAGACAAUGUGGCACCCCAGGUGGCGCAACCACCAGAAAUGGGAGGAGGAGGUGCCUUUGGAUUGCCUGUAGAAAGUAGACUGGGGCCACAAGUGGGGCAAGACUAUAAUUCUGGAAGGCCACCACUUGGACACUCCAUGGACAUUGAAGACGAAGAGAGAUUUCUCUAUGGAGAACCAGAAAAGAAAGAGGUCCCUCCUCCAUCAUCACAACCACCCCCCUGGUCCCAGCCAUUUGUAGGGGAUCAUUUCCAGCCCCAGCCGGGUGGUAGACAGCAGAAUACUUUCCCAAUACUCAGUCAGAGGCAGUCACACUCCCCACCCCCAGCGUACAUCCCAGAGGAACCUCCAGUGUCAGAGAGACAGUACGACUCCUCCGAUCUCCUGAGCAUCUUCACAAAGAGGCCACAGCCUAGAAUGAUGGAGGAAAUACACCCCCCACUAGCACAGGCAACACUUACACAGGCACCACUCAUGCAGGCACCAUCCUCACAGGCACCACUCAUGCAACCCACAUCAAUGCAGCAGCUGCCACCUGUUCAGCAACUUCCACCAGUGCAGCAGCCACAAGCCAUGCAGCAGCCUGCUUCUUUUGCACAGACUGUGAAUCAGGAAGUGAAACAGCAGAAAUAUGAUCCUACAAUUGAAAACAUUUUAAAGUCUAUUGGUUUUGAUUUUGAAAUGUCCAAACGAAUGCAGGAAAAGGCAGGAAGUGAACCCAAGAAGGAGGAGCUUCCACAACAGUACGGAAUUAACCAGACGGCCUCAUUCCUUGGGGGAGGAUUGUCUACCGAGGAAAUCGGAUUAAAUCUGUUCUCCAAAAAGAAACCAUCACUUGAAACUUCGUCAUCGCUUGAAGAUAGAGACAGAGGAAAUGAAAGGGCACCUUAUGAUGGGAGACAGAAAGAAAGCUUCGUGGAUCAGGUUUUAAGGAAAGAUGUAUUCGGAAAGAGGGAUGCGUAUCCUCCUCAACCAGAAUCUUCCGUGCCACAGCCUCCUGUGACCUAUGUCUCCAGUUAUGCUCCAUACUCACAAGGGUAUGCUGCGCCUACUUAUACCGGAUCCUUUAUGCCGACACAGUCUGAAGCUGCGAGUUAUUCUGCUCCUCCGGCUGUUGAUCCAUACAGAUAUCCUCCAGAGUAUUCAGUGGCUCAGUCACAGCAGGCUCCUCCAGAAAGCACGUAUACAGCAGAGAGAGCAUACUCAGCAGAACGAGCAUACUCAGCAGAGAGAGCAUACUCAGCUGAAAGAGCAUACCCAGCGGAGAGCCAGAGGGAUGCCAGUGUCAGUCAGGUGUCCCCAGGCUUACCAAAGGCUAAAGAGAAAUCCAAAAGAGAAAAUCUGACAACCAUACCCUUAGAAAAAGACCUCCCUAAACCUCAAAAAGCAGAGCCUACGUCAAAGAAGAAAAAUGCUAGGCCAAAUUUAAGGGAAAUUCCAAAGUCGUCUGAACCAAUAAGACAAGUUUGUGAAACUCAAAUGAAAUAUGAUAAAUCUCCUGUUCUACCAAGCAGAACAGUUUUACCUCCCAAAAGUGAAAGUACAAAGAUGCCUGUUCAAGGAACCAAAAGGCCAGCAGAUAAAGAAAUGGAUCAAUCUUUGAUAAAUAAAAAGAGACAGGCAGAAAAACUGCUACGGGAUAAGGAGGAAAGACAGAAACGCAUCCAGGCUUUGGAAGAGGAGUUAAAGAAACUAAGACGACAGCAGAAUGAGAUCAUGCGCAAAAAGCGUCGACAAAAAGACGGACACAAGGACCCGAUUCUUCUACAGAACAGUAAAUUACAGGAGGAAAUCGCAAUGCAGAUCUCCAAACUGAGGAAACUCAGCGAGGGGAAAACUCUGGAGGAAAUCCAGCCUCAGCAAAAGAAAAUCAAGGUGGAAAAAGAGGCGGAGAAAGUGAAAGAGGAUGUGGAAAUGGUAAAAGAAAGUGAAAGUAAAGAGAAAUCUGGAACUCCAGCCAUUAAGGAGGAAGUCCCUCCACCGGCAGCCGUCAAACAGGAAGUUAAACCGGAGACGAUGGUGAAACAGGAAGAGAAACCUAAACAGAUGCCAUUCCCAUUAAAAGUUCAGAAAACUAAAUAUGAGUUCUUUGAUCCGGGAAAACACUGGUGCAAGCUCUGUAAUACUGUAUACGACACAGCCCCACAGUUCCUAGAACACACCCAUUUUCGUCACAACAAGAAGUGGAAAAACACAGACACGUAUGAUAGACCUUGGAUCCCAGACCAAAUGAAGAAUCCUCCUCAGAAGAAGAAAGGACAGAAAGUAGAAGUUGUGGCUCUCAAGGGGCCCGAGUUCUUAUUCCCAACCAAUGGUUUCUACUGUGUCUUGUGUCGGGAGUUCUCAGGGGAUGUACAGUGUGCAGACUUUCACCUGAAAACUGAAACCCACCUGUCAAACUAUCAGAAAUUUCUGAAGGACAGUCCUUUCUACGAACAAAGACGGCAGCUCGAUCGGGCCAAGGGUCUGGCUGAGAAACAAGAAAAAAAUCUGAAGGAGAAAGGACCUAGACCUUUGUUUGGAAGAAAUGCCUCUAAAGAGAAGGAAAUAAAAUCUGCAGAAAAAGCUCCCCCUGUCAAUAUUGAGCAGUCAGAAAAAGAAGUAGAGGAAUUAUCAGACGUUCAGAGUAAUGCUCAGUCCAGUGCAGCAAAAAUAGCCAAAGUGAAACUGUCCUUAAAGAAACCCCCUCCUGCGAACCCCGCCCCCAAGCCAGAACCCAAGUCUCUCCCCACAAAGAUGGAAAUAGAAGCCUCUCCACCACUGCAGACCCAGAGCUCAGUAGAAGAAGCAGAGAAAAAGGCAGAUGGUGAGAAAAAGGAAGAUGGAAAAAAAGGGAUAGAAAUUAAGAUUGCAAAUAAGAUUGGAAUUGUCGGAAAAGUACCUGCAAAAAAGAAUGCCCUUCUCCCGCCCUGGACACCGGUCACCAGGCAAGAUCCUCUGAAGGCCGUACCUGCAGCAGAGGCAGAAAAAAAUAAAUCAGCGAUGGAGAAGAAACAGGUGACAGCACAAGACAUUCUGAAGGCCUUGCAGGAAAAGAAAGAGCAGGAAAGAAAGGAAAUGGAGGAAAAAGCCAAACAGGAAGCCCUACUUAAUGUGAUGGAGAUUCCAAUACCAGAGAUGCCAAGCAAGGAAGAGGAAAAACCAGGAGUUACGCAGGACACAAAUCCCGAUCUCAGCUCUAUACAGAUUCCGGUCAAAGAGAUGCCAAGCAAGGAGGAGGUGGAGAAGCAGGACUCCACGUCUGGCCUCGCUGCUACAGAGAUUCCUGUCCCAGAGAUGCCAGGGAAGAAGGAGGACAAAUUCAGAGGGACACAGGAUGCAAUAUCUGACCUUGAUUCAAAACAGAUUCCCAUCCCAGAGGUACCAAGUAAGGAGGCCAAGCCUGCAGAUAAACAGGACUUACUACCUGACUUGAGCUCAAUACCAGUACCCAGUCCUCAAAAAACAGAAAAUUCAGUGCUAAAUGAGGACAAGAAUGUAAAAAGUCGCUCUUGUGAUAUAAACAUUAUGGAUAGUAAACAAGAUUUAGAAAACAUUGUUAUGCCAGAGUCCAUACAAACUACAGUGGAGAAAAGCCAGAGUGAUCCAGGUCAAAAGAUGAAGCAAGAAGAUACGCUGAAAGGACAAACGGAACUAAAUCUAGAUGAAAAUAAGACACUUAAGGCUGAAAUCAGCAUGUCAGGUGAUGUUCAGAAUGUAGGAGAGGUUAAAUGUCUACAGGAAAAGAAUUCUAUAGCAGUUAACAAAAAAUCACAAGAAGACAAUCAGACCUCUGUAGCUGAGAUGUCAAUGAGUGGCACAGCUGUCGAAGUCACUGAGACUGUAAGUAUAUCAGAAAACACAGGAGACAACGUGGUAAAGGAAGAUUCGAACCAGGAGAAACACACAGCAGUUGAAAUCACCCAGACUAUUAGUGUUUCAGAGGUCAAUGUGUCAGAAAAUGUUAAAGACAACACAGAGAAGGAAGAUUCGAACCAAGAACCACAGACCUGCGAGUCAGAAGAUGUAGCUAAUGAUGAAGACGAUGAUAAGACCAUAAUAGACGAUGAAGAGACAAUGGACAAUGAUGAUGUGUUAGAGAUAAGUGACGACGACACUCGAGAUGGCGAGUACAACGAGACCAUGAGGGUGUCCCAGCGGGCGCGGUGUCGGCCGAUCGAGGACGUUAUCGAGGUCAGUAUGGGUAGCCUUGGUGACGUCGUGGAGGUCGCGGUGGGGGGUGAGGACGACCAGGACCUGGAGGGCGAUAUAGAGUGCGAUGUCGACCAGCUGUACGGGGUGAUAGGAGGAGAGUCAGAAAAUCUGGACGACGUCUUGUCUGUGGGGCAGGACCGGGGAGGGGCGGGGUGCUUCUCAGAGCUGGGGGUGAAGCCGAUGGAUGUCGAGGACGUGACCGACGGGGGAGGGAUGAACGAUGAGGAGGUGGGGAACAUCGUGGACGAACUGAUGCACAGCAACGGCAUAGAAAGUGAUCAAGAGAGCAUCCUGAGUGGGACGAUGGGCAGCGACUUCGAGGUCGUGGACGAAUGUGAAGAGGAAACGUGA